AUGAAGCUUACGAAUGCUGCUGUAUUCUUUAUUCUUGUGCCCACUUUGACGCCGGCUUUCGACCCUCUCAGCACCUCAGUCUUCAUGGGAGGUGCUGCUGUUGCGUGGCAGCUCCUCUCCCCUCACUCCUGGCUCAAGUGCAGUCUGCUGGAGUGCUGCAAUAUGAAGGACACCCUGGACUUAACAGUUAUAAAGAUGGAUUUGGAGCGAAAAGUCUUUGGCCAGCAUCUUGCUAUCGAGAUACUUCUGAGGGCUCUGGGCACAAAUAUGCGCUCCAAACGGCCCAGGAAGCCCCUGGUGAUGUCCUUCCACGGCUGGACUGGAACAGGCAAAUCGUUUGUCAGCAGUAUCAUCGCAGAAAACCUCUAUCAGCUUCACAUGACAAGAAAGAGGUUUGUGCACCACUUCAGCACAGUACUGCACUUCCCACACCUUUCACAUGUUCAUCUCUAUAAGGAGCAGCUGCAGAAUUGGAUUCGCAGCAACGUCAGUACCUGUCCAAGGUCCCUUUUUAUCUUCUCUGAGAUGGAUCAGAUGCCACAUGGCCUCAUAGACUCUAUCAUGCCAUUCCUUGACUACCAUGAAGAGAUUGAUGGUGUUUAUUAUGGCAAGGCAAUCUUCCUCUUUCUGAACAAUGCAGGUGGAGAUAAAAUAACAGAGAUUGCUCUCGAUUACUGGAGAAGGCUGAAGACAAGAGAAGACAUUCCUGUAAAGGAGCUCCAGUCUCUGCUCUCAGAGGAAAUUUUUAGGAACAGAAACAGUGGUUUCUUUCACAGUCAACUGAUCCAGAAGAACCUGAUUGACUAUUUCAUCCCUUUCCUUCCUCUUGAGUAUAAACAUGUGAGAGAGUGCGUCCGGGAGGAGCUGCACGUGCAAGGGCAUCCCAAGGAUGAAGACCUCAUCACAGAGAUUGCCUUGGCAAUGACCGACUACCCCAGUGAAGAGAGACUCUACUCCAGCAAAGGCUGCAAGACUGUGGCCUCCAGAGUGACUCUGAGCAUCUAG